UCCAUAAUUUAUCGGAUGAUCUCGAUUUAUAAGUGCGAACUGGCGAGACGUGGAUUAGACUCUAAAAAACAUCAAAAAUCUUUAUUGGGAGUGUCAAGUGAUGUAGCCGGAGAAAAGUGCCUUCGUUUGGCUUCUUUGGCUAAUGAACAAAUAUUCAUCUCUUCUUGUUCUUCAGUACCUAUCACAGUGGCAGAGAAAAUGAAUUUCUUUAGCUCAAGGGGCGCCAAGACGUUCCGCCCCAAGAAGAACAUUCCAGAGGGUUUCCACCAGUAUGAGCUGAUGAAACAUGCCGAGGCGACGCUUGGCAGUGGUAACUUACGGCAGGCCGUCAGUUUACCGGAUGGAGAGGACAUCAAUGAAUGGGUCGCGGUCAAUACGGUGGACUUCUUCAAUCAAAUCAACAUGUUAUAUGGUACCAUCACAGAGUUCUGCACAACAGACAAAUGUCCCGUCAUGUCUGCUGGACCAAAGUAUGAAUAUCAUUGGGCAGAUGGGCAGACAGUGAAGAAACCCAUCAAGUGUUCAGCGCCCAAGUACAUCGACUACCUCAUGACGUGGGUCCAGGAUCAACUGGACGACGAAACAAUAUUCCCUUCAAAAAUAGGUGUGCCUUUUCCCAAGAACUUUAUGACAAUAGCCAAGACGAUUCUGAAGAGGUUAUUCCGGGUGUACGCCCACAUCUACCACCAGCACUUCAAGGAGAUCGUCAUCUUGGCGGAAGAAGCCCAUCUCAACACCUCAUUCAAGCACUUCAUCUACUUCGUCCAGGAGUUCAACCUUAUCGACAGGAAAGAGCUGGCACCGCUCCAGGAACUCAUUGAUAGAUUCUCAAACAAGUGAUAGAUGUGGGAACGCCAUUGAGAUAGAGACUCGAUAGAAGCGAUUCUUGUAGUUUAUCCAGGACUUUAACCUCAGCAACUGGAAGCAGUCCCCGCUCCAGGAACUUAGCGAUAGGUUUUGAAACGAGUGAUCAAUGUCAUUGGAUGUUGGAUCCUUGUUUAACAAGAUGGAGUCUUGGUAUGAGCAGUCUAUCUAGUUUGUUCAGGAGUUCAACGUCGGUGAGUACGAGCUGGCCCCACUCCAGGAACUAAUAUUAAUAGGUCCUCAAGCAAGUGAUUCCCUGAUGAUGUCAACAAGGGCAGGAUCUUGAUGACGUGGUGUUGCUUACCAGGCGAGAGAGAGCCUUGAUUAUUCAUCUAGUUUGUCCAGUAGUCCAGUGGACCCCGAUCCGGAAACUCAUCAAGGUUUCUCAAGCAAGCGAUGCCAGCCGAUGUUAUCCAUGUCCCAAGUCCUCGCAAACUGAGAGGAAGAGACAAUGUAUUCAAGUGAUCCAUCUCCUUUCGUCCUGGGCUCCAUCUCACAAAGACUUCUUUCAAUGACAAAUGACAAAAGUCAGUGACAAAUCUGCUGAUAACCAAUCAAAAGCAGGGAUUUCAGUAGCUUAUAACAAAAACUGUCAUUUGUCACUGAUGACAAGUUUUGUGAAAUGGGGCCCAGGAGUGUCACCUCAUCCACCGACCGAACAGAACUGGCCCUGUUUCAGGAGUUCCAAAAGUAUGUGAUCCUAACCAAUGGCUGUCCUGCUUACAGCAGCCAUCAGAGUUGACAUUGCUAACCGAGAUAGAGACUCGAUUCAAAGUAACAAGGUUUGAAGAGGAAGAUAAAAGACGAUGGUUCAUAUUCAUAUUUAAUCUGGAUAUUCCAAAGUAAUAUUUCUUAGAGAAAACUGGUUCUGUUCUCACGAAGUAGUCAUCCUAAAACAGACAACUUGUCUGCUGCCCCCACGUGCAUGAUAAUACCCAACCACACUUCAGUUAUUUUGUGUAGAGAUUUAUUUAUUUAUUAUCAUCUAUUAAGAGCAAUGUCAUUAGUUAUGAGGAAUUAAUGAAGUUCCUCACUAUUUAAGAUCAAUAUUAUAUUCAAUUGUAACAGUCCUUCCCAUAUUCAGGUUUCCAGCAUGUGUAUCAUGCAGUUAUUUUAAAUGUUUACAUGAAGAAGACAGCCUGGUUGAUUAUUCCAGAAACUUCCCUUAAGUUAUUUAUUCUAACAUUUCAACACGACUGUUACUCUCCUUUGAAGCAAAUUAUUGAAGGAUUGUGAACUGUUAUUUAUUUUUCAACAGUUUAACAUUGAUAUUUACAGAGUAUAAAACAAAAGAUGGAAUGGUAGAGAGCCAUACUACUUGCUGCAAGCUUAGAGAUUCUAAAAUCUAUAUUAACACAACUUUUCAAAGUUGCUUUGCUCUUUAACCAGAACUAUUUGACAGAGAAGAAAAACUGUUGAUUUUCUGACCUUUUAUAGUUAUUUUACUCUUCGAGAUAACAUGUACUGGCUUGUAUAUCAUAGAGGUGUUCAGUAGAUGUAUGCUGCAAUAUUUAAGAAUAGAAAUUGAAAGAAAUUAAUUUGUGUGUUUGGAGAAGCAAAAAAUGUAGGCCUUGCAAUUAAUUGUAUGCAUUUUGCGAAGAUCAUCUCAGUUUUAUAUCUAGGUUACAUGAUUAUAAGUUCUGGGUCCGGUUUCAUAAAACUUGUGUUCUAUACGUAAGGCCAAGAGAAAUUACUGGCUCUUUUGUUCAGGCCCCUUGAUUGUACCAUCAGUUCCUGUGCCAUAAAAUUGUAAGAGAGAUUUUAUAUGUAAUCAAAAUAAGUAGUUUUACUCCUCAACCGAUUCAUGUAGCUAAAGAGUGUACAGUAAAAGGAUCCACAACUGAUUUUACAUGAUUUUUUUAAUUUUACAGGGCCUUUGUUAAUUGAUUUAUGCUGCAUAUAGAAUGUAAAAUGCUCAUUUUGAAAAACAAGGAGGGAAGCUUUGUGUUUGUGAAAUAUGAUCAAGCUACUACUCAAGAUCUCAUUAUGUGCUCCUGUGAUACAAGUAACCUUUAAAGAAAUGUUGGAUGCAAAAAAAUGUUGUUUCCUUGUACUCGUAUCCCUGCAAGUCAUUACAAAGUUCAAACCUGACUAGGAGUUAGUCUGCGAGCACAGACUCUAGUUUGACACUUUAACAAGUCCUAAAACCUUGAGCAGACCCUAUUGUAGUCUCAUAGUGCAGACACUGUUACGCACAACGACUGCAUGGGUUAGCGCAUGCAGUCUAACUUUGAGCUACUUUUGUUUUUUUCAAUGUCCUUUUCCUUAUAAAAAAAGACAUAUGAACAUAUAAAAUAACGUAAUUAUUUUAAAAGAAUAUGGCUGGAUUGCUCUAUUCAGAGCUAUUAAUUUAAUGGCCCUAAUGGUGUGAAUCUGUUCUUUAAACUUUGGUUUAAAAUUAAACGAAAUGAAACAAAAUAUGUCAUUCAGUCUUUGAAUUAGAAAUUUAAAGAUACCAUAAAUACCAUUGAUAGUUUGAUAUCUUCUUGUAAGCAGGGAAAAAAAUACUUUAACAAUUUCGGGGGCUACUUUCAAGCUUGUUUGCAUGAAAAUAACAGUCUUUAUUUUGUUUUGCAUUGGACUCUAUGCAAUUUUGGGGGGCUCUUUUAUGACUUUCGGGGGCUCUUUUUGGCAUUUAGGGGGCUAAUUCGCCCCGAGCCCUCAUGCAUUUUUUCCCUGCUUGUAAGUAAGCUAUAGUAGAACAUUGCUUGUGUUCUGAACUUCCAUAUUGUACCUUUAGUAACCUUUAGUAACUACAUUUAAAUCCAAAGAACUUAUUACACUUUACUGAAACUGGCCUGGCUUUUUUUUAAAGUCAAGUAAAA